UUUUUUCUAUACUUGUUUAAGUCUUUGUUAUUACAUAACUUCCCUGUCUCUGCUACACUACCAAGCAAAGGAAAAUGGGAACAACUAAGCCAGACUUUGACUCUGUUUUGAGGGAACGCAAAGCAUUUGAUGAAACCAAAGCUGGUGUGAAGGGGCUUGUUGAUGCAGGUGUUAAGAGCGUACCAAGCUUAUUCCAUCAUCAACCUCAUAAAUUUGAGAAGGCCUCAAAUUUAGGCAACACAAGGCAUAUUAUUCCAGUCAUAGACCUUGCAGGUAUUAGCAAAGAUCCAAGUAAACGCCAAGGACUUGUUGACAUAAUCAAGGAAGCAUCUGAAACAUGGGGUUUCUUUCAGGUGGUGAAUCAUGACAUCCCUGUGAGUGUUCUUGAGGAGAUGAAAAAUGGGGUGAAAAGGUUUCAUGAGCUGGAUACUGAAGCCAAAAGAGAAUUCUAUUCACGAGAUGGAUUAAAAUCGUUUGUGUAUAAUAGCAAUUUUGAUCUGUAUGGCUCACAACCAGCACUCAAUUGGAGGGAUUCUUUUAGGUGUUACUUGUAUCCUGAUACCCCCAAACCAGAAGAAAUUCCUGUAGCAUGCAGAGAUAUAUUGCUGGAAUAUGGGAAACACAUAAUGAAAUUGGGGACUUUACUCUUUGAGUUGUUAUCAGAAGCUCUAUGUCUGAAUCCAAACUAUCUAAAAGAUAUGGGAUGUGCAGAGGGGCUUACUGCUUUUUGCCAUUAUUAUCCAGCCUGUCCUCAACCAGAAUUAACUAUAGGAACCUCCACUCAUUCUGACAGUGAUUUCUUCACAGUGCUUCUACAGGACCAUAUUGGUGGCCUCCAAGUAAGAUAUCAUGACAAUUGGAUUGAUAUAAACCCCGUACCUAGUGCUUUGGUAGUUAAUAUUGGUGAUCUUUUGCAGCUCAUAUCAAACGAUAGAUUCAAGAGUGCUGAACACAGAGUGCUUGCUAAUGAUGUUGGUCCAAGAAUAUCUAUUGCAUGCUUUUUUCGCUCUGUUGGGAAGGGAUCCUUAAAGCUUUAUGGACCUAUAAGGGAACUAUUAUCAGAAGACAACCCUCCCAAAUACAGGGAAACUACAGUUGCUGGCUAUCAAGCCUACUAUGUAGCUAAAGGACUUGAUGGGACUAGUGCUCUUACACAUUACAGGAUUUGAAAUAGGAAAUGUAGGAUAAAUAUUAUUAGCAUAAAUAAAUAAUUUAAUUACUCUUAUGGGCAUGAUACAUGACUUUUUGACAAGGUAGAGUAAGUUGUGUAAGUUUUUAUUCUAAGUCUAUGACUUAGACCAAGUAGUGCAUGACGGUAUUUAUUUCAUUA